AAGUCAAACUAGCUCCACUCGCGGGCCUACAGUUCCCCUUCUUACAAUAUAAAAGGAUUUUUUAGCCUUAAGCCACUGGCCACCUUGCGAGUUGUGAACUUAAGCCUUAAUAAUCCGCCAGAAAAAUAAACCGAUCUAAACAGUGUUGGAGCAGUCCAAAACCAUGGCGCAAAAUAUCAACUUGACAAUCGAUCCAAGGAGUGGGUUUUGCAGAUCCAAUUCAACCUUCUACAGCAAACGCAACCCCAUUCCUCUCCCCAGGAACGAUUCCCUCGACGUUACCACUUUCAUCUCGGCUCGGGCCCACCACGGUAAAUUUGCCUUCAUCGACGCCGGUACCGGCCGCCGUCUAACCUUCUCGGAACUAUGGCGAGCUGUUGAUUCCGUCGCCACGUGUCUUUCCGACAUGGGAAUCCGGAAAGGCCACGUUGUCCUGCUCCUUUCACCAAACUCCAUCUUCUUCCCCAUUGUUUGCCUCUCUGUUAUGUCCCUCGGCGCUAUCAUAACCACCACUAACCCCCUCAACAUGGCUGCUGAAAUCGGAAAACAAAUUGCAGAUUCUAAGCCAGUUCUCGCCUUUACUAUUCCUCAACUCCUUCCUAAACUAGCCGGGUCCACCAUUCCUAUCGUGCUUCUAGAUGAUAGUGUGAACAAUAACGUUGGGGAGGCAAAGAUUGUAACAACUUUAAAUCAGAUGAUGAAGACGGAACCGAGUGGGAGUCGAGUCAGGGACCGAGUCAAUCAGGAUGACACGGCGACUCUGCUUUAUUCAUCUGGUACAACAGGUGCCAGCAAGGGAGUGGUUUCGUCUCAUAGAAACCUGAUUGCGAUGGUACAAACGGUGCUAGGCAGAUUCAGUCUAGAAGAAGGAGAGCAAAGGUUUAUCUGUACGGUUCCCAUGUUUCAUAUCUAUGGCUUAGUCGCGUUUGCCACUGGGCUGCUGGCGUCAGGAUCAACGGUCAUAGUUUUAUCAAAGUUCGAGAUGCACGACAUGCUAUCAACGAUCGAGAAGUACCGGGCCACCUACCUCCCUCUCGUGCCGCCGAUACUCGUGGCAAUGGUAAACGCCGCGGAUCAGAUACGGAAAAAGUAUGAUUUGAGUUCGUUGCAUUCAGCGUUGUCAGGUGGGGCUCCGCUGAGUAAGGAAGUGAUUGAGGGGUUUCUGGAAAAGUAUCCGAAUGUAAAAAUUCUUCAGGGGUACGGUUUGACAGAGUCAACUGGGAUUGGUGCGUCAACGGACUCUUUGGAGGAGAGUCGGAGGUAUGGUACGGCGGGGAUGUUGUCGCCGAGCAUGGAGGCUAAGAUUGUGGACCCGGAUAGUGGUAAGGCUUUGAUGGUGAAUCAGACGGGUGAGCUUUGGCUUAGGGGUCCCUCCAUUAUGAAAGGCUAUUUCAGUAAUCCAGAAGCAACAAUAUCAACUCUUGAUUCAGAGGGAUGGCUGAAGACUGGAGAUUUAUGCUAUAUUGAUGAUGAUGGCUUCAUUUUUGUAGUUGACAGAUUGAAGGAGCUGAUCAAGUACAAGGGAUAUCAGGUUCCUCCUGCAGAACUUGAGGCAUUGCUCCUUUCCCACCCUGAAAUUUUAGAUGCUGCUGUUAUUCCGUUUCCUGAUAAGGAGGUUGGGCAGUUUCCGAUGGCAUAUGUGGUAAGAAAACCCGGAAGCAAUUUAUCAGAGACUGCAGUCAUGGAUUUUGUGGCUAGACAGGUCGCCCCAUACAAAAGAAUCCGGAAAGUAGCAUUUGUAGCUUCAAUUCCCAAGAAUCCAUCUGGCAAGAUUCUUAGGAAGGAUCUAAUAAAGCUCGCAACCUCGAAACUCUGAACGGUUUUGGUUUAGGCUUGCCUCUGAACAUAGUCAAAGAACAGUAGUAUUAUGGUUCUGUAAGCAUUGUAUUCAAAUUCAUAGCCAGUUUGGCAUUUCUUCGCUUUGGUUAUCAGAAUUACUUUUAAGAAAAUAAGAGCUAUGGUUUUAUUAUGUUAAUUUGGAACCUAGCUAAUGAAAGUUAGAAAUAAGGACAACAGAUUUGGUACAAAUUUUUGUGGUUCACGAGUGCAACAAUUUUCACUUAAAUAAUACGCACGAUAGGUAGGUGGGGCACUUAAAUAUAACUGCAUUAAUAUGUAAUAAAAUUUUUGUGUAAAUGGUUUGUUUAUUCAUCCAAAAGAAUCAAAACAAGUCCGCAACAAGAAACAAGAGUAUUGAGAGUUUACAGCAAAUGAAUCAACAAAUGACAAUUAAACUAACUGAUGAGUACCCAUGAACGACGAAGGCCGGGAUUUGCAGAAACAGAUUUUAGCAAGGACGAGUUGGCAAUUUUCAGUGGAACAUCUUUGAUAAAAGCAACACUAGCAGCAGCAGCUCCAUGAUGAGAGCUCCCAUAUUUGCUAUGAUUUCGCUCUCUCCAGAUAAAGUAAAUGGAGGCUGUCCAAGCAAGCAUGAGAAUAAUUAUAGCCAGGGACUUGCCUUUCAGAUUAUUGCUGGCCAAUUAAAGCUAAAAUUGCCAGUCCCCCACAGUUCUAACAAUGCCUGAGACUUGAAGAAUAUUCCCCCAAGCCUGUUGAGAAAAGGGGCACGAGAAAAAUAAGUGAUCUGGGGUCUCAGGAGCAAGACCACAGAACCAGCAAUCUGUGGCAACAGAAGUAGAGUUAGCCAUGUAGAUAUGCGCUGAAAAGUAGGCAGUCUAUCCAGCAUCCAGUAAUUUUAUGCUUUUGUCGUCCUUGAUAUAAACCCAAAGCACUACGUAAUGGUAGGAACUAGUUGAAAUUAUCAUCCUUCUAAUUACUGCAAUGCAGUAAUUGGUAGUAUUAAAUCGCUACAGCUGUCCAUGGAUAAGCCGUCCUGUCUGUCUAGCUAAGUUUC